AUGAUACAGACACAUUUUCACCAGGAGGAUGCCCUUAAAAUCCUCUCUAUCCCUCUACCUUAUUGGCCAUACAAUGAUAAACUUGUUUGGCAUUAUCAUAGUCAGGGGAAAUACACGGUCAAAUCAGGAUACUACAUAGCACUGAAUUCAGGAUACAAACCAUACCAAUCUCUCAUUCCACAGCUUCAGAAGCCAGAUUGGAAACUUCUAUGGAAUCUUAAAAUCCCAAAUAAAAUCAAAGUUUUCAUAUGGAAAUGCUUACAUGAAGGCUUGCCUACAGGAAUAGCACUACAGCAUCGGCUCAACUACACCUCCUCCUGCUGUUUCUGUGAUCAACAGGAAACACUUAUCCAUAUGCUGUUUACAUGUCCACGGGCAAAACAAAUUUGGUUCAUUUCACCACUCCACUACAAAGCCUCAGUACUUCCAUCUCAGUUUUUCUAUCAAAUGUGGUUGCAAACAGUUACAGACCUUCAAGAAUUGGAUGGUGAUGAUUUUUAUAUCCAUCUUUUCUGCUAUUUAUUGUGGAAUAUCUGGAAGUCCCGCAAUGCAAAAAUCUUCCAGCAAAAUCAUUUGAGUUCGGAAGACAUUAUCUCAAUUUGUCUGCGGGAAUUUGAAGAAUUCAAACUCAGCCAGCAGGAGAAUAACCCAACAUCGCAACACACUGUAUUGGUUAACACAACUUUACAAACAACUUCUGGGAUUCCACAAGGUUUUAUCAAAAUCAAUUAUGAUGCGGCAGUUGAUACGAAAGGGAAAAAUGGCUUCAUUGGAGCCGUUGCGGUUAAUUGGCAGCUUCAAAGGAAGGGGAAGUUCUCUGCCACAUUUCGUUAUAUCUGGGACCCUGGCAUUCUAGAAAUGCUAGCUUUACGUGAGGCGUUAAACUGGGCAAUCAGCAAAGGCUGGACAAAUGUUAUCUUUGAAGGAGAUGCACUUCAAGUAUCCAACAUAAUCAACACCAGAAACUGCACCAAUGGUGCGUACCAGGGUAUUUGUGAAGAUAUAUGGCGUCUACUACGAUCCUUCACGAUGGCACGUGUUCUGUAUACACAACGAAAGAACAAUGAGGAAGCACAUAAAUGGGCUCAACAGGUUAAAAGACUUUUCCGAACACCAAGGCCAUAA